AUGGAGAUACUAGUGUCUGUGCAGGACAAAUCUGGUGGGAAGAUUGUCUACCAGCACAUUAAUGUCCUUAUUUUAUACCGGGGUCGAAACUAUGAUCCGAAGAAUCGACCUGUAAUACCUGUAAUGCUCUGGAAACCGUACACUCCGAUAUAUCCCAAGCUUGUGAAGAAUGUUGCUGAUGGCUUGACAUUUGAAGAAACGAAGGAAUUAAGAAACAGAGGACUAAAUUCCCCACCUGUUAUGAAACUUACUAGAAAUGGUGUGUAUGUGAAUGUUGUGGAUAGAGUCAGGGAGGCUUUCAAGACUGAGGAGGUAGUGAGACUAGACUGCACGCAUGUUGGUACCAGUGAUUGCAAAAGGAUAGGCGUGAAAUUAAGGGAUCUGGUACCUUGCAUCCCCCUUUUGUUCAAGGAUGAGCAGAUUGUACUCUGGAGGGGAAAGAGAGAUCAAGAAGCAGACUCCAAGUGCAGGGAUAGAAGUGAAAAGUUUGCAGAUGCUUAA